UCCUUUCGCUUGUGCUUAUUUCGCAAUUCCUGUUCCCAUCUAGGCCUGUUUGUGUUCGUCAACUAGUGGGCGUUCGAAGAUUACGGUCUACAACAACAAUUACUAAGUUUCGCCCUGCAAAUUUGAGAUAGAUCGACACAUAUUUGCUUCAAACCUAGCAAUUGCUCUUCAAAAGAAACCUUCUCAAUGGCAAGGUUUCUUGACCGCCUCAUCUUAUUUAUUACAAGCUGGUGGUCAAACAUGCCAGAUCCACGUUGCAGCUGUUGUGGGCAUAAAGAAGCUAAAGGUUCAACUCCUACUGUUGUACCUGUUGGUUUUUGCCACAUCACUCCUACCCACGUUGAUGGUGAUGAUGCCGAUUCUUCCCCUCACUACAUGGAACCACCGAGAGAGGAGGUGUCUCCCAUGGAGAUGGCUAACAUGAAGCCAGAGGAGAUUACCCACCCUCCCAUCAUGGAUCAGCUGGCUGGAAUGGAGUACUGUGUAGACUCCAACCCAUCCUGGGGAGGGUGUAUUAUGCUGGGUUUCCAGCAUUUCAUCCUUUGCUUGGGGACGGCAGUGAUGAUCCCCACCUUGCUGGUUCCCCUCAUGGGAGGAAAUGCGCAUGACAAGGCAAUUGUGGUACAGACAGUGCUGUUUGUGACUGGCAUAAAUACACUGCUUCAAACUCUGUUUGGAACUCGCCUGCCUACGGUUAUUGGUGGAUCAUAUGCAUUUGUAAUCCCAGUCAUAUCAAUUAUCAGUGAUCCCUCGCUGAUGCAAAUUUCUGAUGACCACACAAGGUUCAAAGUAGCCAUGAGAGCCAUACAGGGGGCCCAGAUAAUAUCCUCCUGCAUUCAAAUAGUACUUGGCUACAGCCAGUUGUGGGGGUUAUGCUGCAGGUUCUUCAGUCCACUUGGGAUGGUUCCAGUUGUUGCACUGGUAGGGAUUGGCCUUUUUGAAAGAGGAUUCCCAGUGAUUGCAAGCUGUGUGGAAAUCGGUCUUCCGAUGCUCGUCCUGUUUGUUGCACUUUCUCAAUAUUUGAAGCAUGUACAAAUGUGCAAUUUCCCAAUAUUCGAGAGGUUCUCAGUGCUCAUCUCCGUUGCACUUGUGUGGUUAUAUGCCCAAAUCCUCACUGUGAGCGGAGCAUACAAGCAUAGUCCGGUGCUCACUCAGCUCAACUGCCGAACUGACCAUGCCAAUCUCAUCACAACUGCACCAUGGAUUAGGCUUCCAUACCCGCUGCAGUGGGGUCCGCCGACUUUCAGUGCAGACCAUUCGUUCGGUAUGAUGGCUGCUGUGGUGGUGUCCUUGAUAGAGUCUACCGCAGCAUUUCAGGCUGCUGCCCGGUUGGCUAGUGCAACGCCCCCACCACCAUUUGUCAUGAGCAGGGGCAUUGGAUGCCAGGGAAUUGGGCUGCUAUUGGACGGGCUAUUUGGUACUGUGAGCGGCUCUACCGUCUCUGUGGAGAACGUUGGUCUCCUAGGAUCAACAAGGAUUGGCAGCAGAAGAGUGGUCCAGAUCUCUGCUGCUUUCAUGAUCUUCUUCUCCAUCCUAGGGCGAUUUGGAGCGUUGUUCGCCUCGAUUCCAUUCACACUGUUUGCUGCCAUGUACUGUGUAUUGUUUGGCUAUGUUGGUGCUGUGGGGCUCUCCUUCAUGCAGUUCACAAACAUGAACUCGACGCGCAACCUCUUCGUCCUUGGCGUCUCGCUCUACCUCGGCAUCUCCAUCCCAAACUACUUCCACCAGUUCACGACGAGCUAUCAGCGUGAACCGGCGCACACUAGAGCUGGAUGGUUCAACGACCUCAUCAACACCGUCUUCUCGUCGCCGGCCACCGUCGGGUUCAUCGUCUCGAUGGUGCUAGACAACACCCUGCGGGUGAGGAAUGGAGACAGGGACCGUGGGAUGCCAUGGUGGGCGAGGUUCCGGACGUUCCGUGGUGACAGCCGGACUGUGGAGUUCUACAAUCUGCCGUUCAGUCUCAACCGCUUCUUCCCGGCGUCGUGAGUCAGCAGUAGGAUUCUAGGGAAAGACUGAAGCCAACCGUAGAGUGAGUCUAGCUACCAAUAUCAAUGUAAUUAUGGUUUGGCUUCCAUAGAUGUUAGAGAAGAAAAGGAGCUAGGGCUAGUGGAGGUAGAAGAAAGCAUAUACUCUAUCGGUUUCAAAUUAUAAGAUGUUUUGCCUUUUUCUACAUACAUUGUUUUCCGAUUUGUUACAUGUGCUCUUGUACCAAUUAUAAUAUGAGUAGAACAUCCAUGUAUCA